UUAAUCAAACGAUCUCAUUCUAACAGAAAUGGCCACCGCCAAGAAGCUGACAGACAGCUAUCUGACCUGUGUCAUCUGUACAGAGGUGUUCACAGACCCUGCCACACUUCAGUGUAAUCACACAUUCUGUAAGUCUUGCCUGCUGAAAUAUACCAAAACACAGUCUGAAGCAAUACAAGCCAAGUCCAUCCCAUGUCCCGCCUGUAGACAACAGACAAAGGUGACCAACCCUGACAGUCCAGUGAAGGAGUGGGUCAGUCAUCUGAAACCAAGCCACGUCAUACAGAGUCUGAUGGACGAUUUGGGGGGAUCGCCAGAUGUUGAUGCAUGUAGCGUGUGCAAAGAAGAUGGCAAAACAACUCCAGGUACAAUGUGGUGCACCAUUUGUGAAGAUAUCUUCUGUGAUGGGUGUCUCAAGUUCCACAAGAGGUUGUCACUAACACGUGAUCAUGAAGUGCUUGAUGUACGUAUCCAUGGCAACAGGAAACCCAAAGUACGUAGCUUCAUGUGCAGAAUUCACAAGGACGAAACAAUGAAACUGUUCUGUAAAGACUGCAGGAUGGCAAUAUGUACUGUAUGCUGCAGCAUCAAACACCGGAAGUGUGAUGAUGUUGAGACCAUAGAUGCCAUAAUGCCUCUUGUCAAAGAAACUCUGCUCAAUGAAACAAGGAAUCAAGAGAAGAAGAUACAAACUUACAUUGACAAUAUUUCAUUGACAAACUCGAAAAUUGAAAAGCUGACAACUAGUGCACAAGAAAUGAAAGAUGAAGUUAGGAAAGUACGCAUGGCGGCUACAGACGUUCUUGUGAGAAAGGAAAAGGAACUGCUGGAUCGCAUCGACAAACUCACUGAGUCCCGUGUACAAGAACUGAAAGCCUACAGAAAGAGCAAGGAUAUCGACCUCCAGGUGGAACAGCAGAGGUGUGAGUUCAUAGACAAAGUUGUGACGUCUGACUGUGUAGCAGACAUGUUUGAUAUGUAUGAGUCUGUGAAUGGAGCAUCUGGAGAUGAAGAUACAAGAGACGACAAGAUACCACAAACAUCCAGCAUCAUCUUCGAACGCGACACAGAGAAGUUGAUGAGAUCUGUGAAUAAGGUGCACCUGGGGCAGGUCGAAGUUGUUAGUGGUCUCAGUGACUGGACGUCAUCUCCUGUUCUACUGGAAUCAAUUGAUUUUAGUGAAGACAUGUUUCUCGUUUUGCCUGAUGUUGUAGCAUUUGCUGUCAAUGGUGUCCGGGUAAUUACUGUGAUAGCUUUAAAUUGUCUGCUCAGUGUUCGCUAUGUUCCAAACAAAAGAUCCUUGAAGAAACACCUUAAACUACCUUCUCAGCCAAUGGGAAUAGCUAAGUUGGCUGGAACUGAGGCAGCUGUUACUCUGCCAGUCACACAACAAAUAGCGUUCAUCACGUUUGAUCCUGAACCUACAUUAGAGUCAACUGUGAAAACAAGGGUGAAGUAUCGUGGUUUAGCCUUCCUGAACCCUGCACAACUCGUAGCAGGAAGAUUUGGCGGUCCUACCUCUGUUGACAUACUGGAUAUGGGAGGGAAUGUACUCAAAUCAAUCAACACUGGUGUAAGUAAUCCACAAUACAUUCAUGUUACGAGGAAUAACAACGUGGUAGUCAGUGAAGCAGAAGUGAAAUCUCUGGUAUCUGUGACUCUUGACGGACAAGCUGUUUUCACCAUCACACCCAGAGGAGACAGGGCUCUGACGUAUCCUCAGGGUAUCACAACAACCAGCACUGGAGACAUUUUGUUUGCAGACAGAAACUCCCACAAGGUGAUUCAGCUGACAGAGUCAGGGCAGUUUGUCAGAGAUGUUGUCACAAUACAGGAAGACCUAUGGUACCCCACUGGUAUCUGUCUGGAUGAUGACGGUCUGUUGUAUGUCACGUCAGGCGGGUAUGUGAAAGUAUUUGGCUGUGAAUAGUCUAUGUAUGUAAGUAUGUAUGUGUGUGUUAUCGUCAGAUCUUACACAGUCCAUUCAAUAUAAUGCACAUAUUUCUUAAAUCUGUUAGUUUUGACAAGUCUACACAUCUAAUUUAAUAUAUUUCAUAGAAUGGCUUUGUUUCAUUGACAAAAUAUCCUAAAACUUAUAACACUAUUUCGAAUUUGCGCAGCAGUCCUUUGUCAUCGGAGCCGACAGAGACAAACGAUGCAGCCUGUUUGAUAUAU